UUCCGUGUCCCUGUCCGUCCUACAUAGUGAACCUGUGACCAUCGGUUCACACUGUAUGUGUAUAUGGAAGCACACCAACUUUUGGGCAAUCAAUUUAUAAUGUGAUCAAUCAGCGACUUCUCCAGUCAACAGCGGACAACCUCCUCCAACUCAUGGAUAUAAUAUCUACUUGAAUUUCAAGCAACUCACCAUCUCCAGCUAUGCUUGCAGCGUCCCGUCUCAUAAACUAGCUAAAAUUCUGAUGCAGACAGCCUUACUGAUCUAAAACAACCGAGUUUCGAUCCAAAUGGAACUCACAACUAUGUCAUCACGCCGUAGUACUGCCAGCCUCGACAUGGAUGCAGAUUCUAUUGCAGAAGAAGACGAGGAGUUUCAGCUGCAAUGGGCUGCCAUCGAGAGAUUGCCGACUUAUACACGCCUCAAGACCUCCGUUUUUGAUUUUACUCCGGGAACCGGAGGAGAAAACGGCGACGUUGAAGGAAAGAGAGUCGCCGAUGUUACUAAGCUUGGCUCAGUUCAAAGACAUCUGUUCAUUGAGAAGCUUAUCAGUCACAUUGAGAGUGAUAAUCUUCAGCUGCUGAAGAAACUCAGGAAGAGGAUGGAUAGAGUGGGUGUCAAGUCACCGACUGUGGAGGUUAGAUAUAAGAAUCUGUGUGUAGAAGCUGAGUGUGAGAUUGUUCAGGGGAAGCCUCUUCCUACACUGUGGAACACCGUCGUCAGCUUUUUGUCCGUUUUCACAAAGUUUGUCAGGAGAAAGCCGGAGGAAACCAAGUUAAGCAUUCUGAAAGACGUCAGCGGCAUCAUCAAGCCGUCGAGGCUUACUCUUCUUCUUGGCCCUCCCGGCUGUGGAAAAACCACCUUAUUAUUGGCCCUUUCGGGAAAACUAGAUCAAUCUCUCAAGGUUAAGGGGGAGAUUUCAUAUAAUGGCUACACGAUUGAUGAGAUUGUUCCUCAGAAAACUUCAGUUUACAUCAGUCAACACGAUCUGCACAUACCUGAGAUGACUGUGAGGGAAACUAUUGAUUUUUCUGCUCAGUGUCAGGGUGUUGGAAGCAGGGCAGAUAUAAUGAUGGAGUUAAGUAGAAAAGAGAAAACAGCAGGAAUCGUCCCAGAUCCUUACGUGGACGCUUACAUGAAGGCAAUUGCAGCUGAAGGAAAGAAGCGAAACCUCCAGACAGAUUAUAUAUUGAAGAUUCUGGGGUUGGACACCUGUGCUGACAUAAUGGUUGGUAGUGCACUGAGAAGAGGUAUAUCAGGUGGUCAGAAGAAAAGGCUAACCACAGGGGAGAUGAUUGUUGGUCCAACAAAAGCUCUGUUCAUGGACGAAAUAUCGACUGGAUUAGACAGCUCCACUACUUUUCAGAUAGUCACAUGCCUCCAGCAGUUAGUGCACAUAACAGAUUCAACUGCCUUAAUUUCACUUCUUCAGCCAGCACCCGAAACCUUUAAUCUCUUUGAUGAUCUGAUACUGAUGGCCGAAGGAAAGAUUGUUUUCCAUGGUCCUUGUAGCGAUGCACUUCAAUUUUUCGAGGACUGUGGUUUCAAGUGCCCGCAUAGAAAGGGCGCUGCAGAUUACCUUCAAGAGGUAAUCUCAAAGAAGGAUCAAGAGCAGUACUGGUGCCGUACUGAUCUUCCUUUCAGUUAUGUCUCAGUAGAUCAAUUCUGUCAGAUGUUCAGAGCAAGUUCUAUAGGAAAGAAACUAAGCCAAGAACUCUCUCAACCAUAUGAUAAAUUGAUGCCUCGUGAUGAUGCCUUAUCGUAUAGUAUAUACUCGUUGAGCAAAUGGGACUUGUUCAAAGCUUGCAUGGGUAGGGAGGUGCUUCUGAUGAAAAGAAACACAUUUAUUUACGUUUUCAAAACUGCACAGCUCAUCUUUACCGCCUUCAUAACAAUGACAGUAUUUAUACGCACUCAAAUGGCAGUGGACUUGGUGAGUGCAAACUUCUUGAUGGGUUCUAUGUACUAUGCACUUGUCAGGCUCUUCACUAAUGGGGUUGCAGAGCUGUCCUUGACUAUUAUGAGACUUCCUGUGGUUUACAAACAACAAUCGUUUUAUUUGUACCCGGCAUGGGCUUAUUCAAUUCCAGCCUCUAUCCUGAAAAUUCCAUUUUCUGUUAUUGAUGCUCUUCUUUGGACAAGUUUAACUUACUAUGUCAUUGGAUAUAGCCCUGAAUUUAAGAGGUUUAUAUGCCAGUUUCUUUUGCUGUUUGCUCUGCAUCUAACGUCGACAUCAAUGUGUCGUUUCGUUGCCUCUAUAUUACAAACUAUGGUACUUGCAACAACUAUUGGUAUUUUGACCUUAGUUCUGCUUUUCUUGUUUGGAGGGUUCAUUCUUCCGCAAUCCGCUUUACCAUCCUGGUUAAGGUGGGCAUUCUGGGUCUCCCCUAUGACAUAUGGACAAAUCGGUAUAUCACUUAAUGAGUUCCUUGCUCCUCGUUGGCAAAAGAUGUCAGUAGGGAACGUCCCUUUGGGAAGGGCGGUUCUGAUUAGCCAUGGUUUGGACUUUGAGAGCUACUACUAUUGGAUAUCACUCGGGGUAUUGUUUGGUUUCACAGUCUUGUUUGACAUCGGAUUCAUCCUAGCCUUGACUUACUUGAAACCUCCAAAGAUGUCUAAAGCUAUUAUUUCGAGAAAGAAGAUUUCUCACCUGCAAGAAAGAGAAGAGGGUAAUAAGAGUAACAUACAUCAAGAUAAUGAAUUAGUCCCUUCAAGUAUCGCAUACAAAGAGGACGAGACAAGAAAACCUGGUAGGAUGGUUCUGCCGUUUGAGCCGUUAACUAUGACCUUCAAGAACGUGUGCUAUUUUGUCGAUACACCACCGGAAAUGAGGAAGCAUGGUUUCACUGAGAAGAAACUUCAAUUACUUAGUGAUAUUACGGGAGCAUUUAGACCUGGAGUACUCACAGCAUUGAUGGGUAUCAGUGGGGCAGGGAAAACAACUCUCAUGGAUGUUCUUUCUGGAAGGAAAACUGGAGGGAUUGUUGAAGGAGAUAUAAGAGUAGGAGGGUAUCCAAAGGUUCAGAAAACCUUCGCUAGAAUAUCAGGUUACUGUGAGCAGAAUGAUAUUCAUUCUCCACAAAUUACAGUAGAAGAAUCAGUAGUUUACUCUGCAUGGCUACGAUUACCACCUGAGGUUGAUGCAGACACAAAGUCGAGAUUUGUGCAACAAGUCAUUGAAACAAUCGAGUUGGAUGACAUACGGGAUUCUUUAGUAGGAAUCCCAGGACAAAGCGGGCUGUCUACUGAACAGCGGAAAAGGCUAACAAUUGCAGUGGAGCUUGUGUCCAAUCCAUCAAUAAUAUUCAUGGACGAACCAACAUCAGGUUUAGAUGCUAGAGCAGCUGCAAUUGUCAUGCGGGCGGUGAAGAAUGUAGUUGCCACAGGAAGGACAACUGUCUGCACCAUCCAUCAGCCAAGCAUUCAUGUCUUUGAGGCCUUUGAUGAGUUGAUUCUAAUGAAAAGGGGAGGACAAAUUAUCUAUACAGGAAGCCUUGGUCAUAAUUCAAGUAGACUCAUUGAAUAUUUAGAGGGAAUUCCAGGUGUGCCAAAGAUCCAAAACAAUUAUAAUCCAGCAACAUGGAUGUUGGAAGUUACUUCUGCAUCAAUGGAAGCAGAACUUGGUGUGAAUUUUCCCCAAAUCUACAAGGAGUCACCUCAGUACCAGGAAACUAUUGAGUUGGUAGAACAGCUAAGUGAACCACCAAGAGGUUCAAAAGACCUGUACUUUUCAACUCCUUUUCCACAGAGCAACUGGGCGCAGUUUAGGGCAUGCUUAUCGAAGCAACGCCUGUCCUAUUGGAGAAGUCCUGAAUACAAUCUAGGGCGGUUCAGCUUUCUGAUUCUUGCAUCUAUACUUUUUGGAGUAGUCUUUUGGCAGAAGGGGCAGAAAAUAGACAAUGAGCAAGACUUGAUCAAUGUGCUUGGAUCAAUGUAUAUUGCUGUCAUAUUCCUUGGCAUAAGCUAUUGUUCAACAGUUCUGCCAUAUGUGGUAACCGAGCGAACUGUUCUGUACCGUGAAAAAUUUGCCGGAAUGUACUCUCCAUGGGCUUAUUCAUUUGCACAGGUGAUAAUCGAGAUACCUUAUAUACUAUUGCAAUCGAUUGUGUACGUGGCCAUCACAUACCCAACCAUAGGAUAUGAAUGGUCAGCUAGCAAGCUGUUUUGGUACUUCUAUGCAACAUUUUGCACAUUCUUAUAUUUUGUGUAUAUGGGAAUGCUGCUAGUUUCGCUCACACCAAAUCUACAAGUAGCUUCCAUAUUGUCUACUGCAGUGUACACUAUAUUGAAUCUGUUCUCUGGCUUCUUAAUGCCAGGAAAGAAAAUUCCGAAAUGGUGGAUUUGGUGCUAUUAUCUUUGCCCCACCGCAUGGUCCUUAAAUGGUCUCCUGACUUCCCAAUAUGGAGAUAUAGAUAAAAAGAUUGUCAUAUUUGGGGAGCUGAAGACAGUCGGUUCCUUCCUCGAGGAUUACUACGGUUUUCGACAUGAUCGUUUGGGUUUAGUGGCUGUUGUUCUCAUGGCUUUUCCAGUUGUUUUCGCAUCUCUUUUCGCAUACUGUGUCGGUAAAUUAAAUUUUCAAAAGAGAUAAAAGGACUUAGCUGACUUAAGGAUAAUAUUUUGAUAAAUAUAGACAUAGUAAAUAUUGUUCAGUUUCUGUAUAUAUGUACAUUAUAUAACAGCAGUUUGUUUUUUCAGUUGUUUAUUAGUGUACCCAUCUGCACAUAUUGUGCAGAGGAUAUAGAAAUGAAAUAUAUCUUCCAGUCUUACCAAA